CAGUUGGUUGGUGUCAUUCCUUGCGUUCGCGUUCGCGAUGAGGCUGCUUUCGCUGCUUCAAUUGUUGGUGUUGGUGUGCGCCGCGCUCGCCGUCCACGACGACUGCCACACGCACCCCCUUUGCCGCGUCGACGACGUUGCCGACGACGUCGACGUGCUUGCCUCCACACCCGCCGCCGCCCUCGACCAACAACCUACCGAGGAGACGCAGCUCGAGCCCACGCCGCACAUCGCGGAUAAUAUUAACCUCAGCGCUGAAAGCAAGGUGCAGGAGCCGGACUCGUCCGAGUCGAGCGUGGAGCGGAGCGGCGGCGGCAUGAGCGGCGGCGGCUCGAGCGGGGGCAGCAGCAACAACAUGCUGUCGACGCUGGUGUUCCCGCAGGUGCCGCGCGGCGAUUUGUACAAACUGCAGACGUUCGGACUGGGCGACGGCUUCUUCAUCUUCAGCUACGUGGCCAGUCUGCUCGGCGUCCUCCAACCCGCCGACUACCCCCUUGAGCUGGCCAACGACGCCAUGCAAAGGCGACUCUCGCUCUCCGACCUGCUCGUCAAGUCGCUGAGCUUCGAGCCGGGCUUCGUGUCGUUCCUGGCGGUGUGCGGCGUGCUGGCGUUGCUGGCGCCGCUCGGCCUCGCCAUCCUCGGCUGCGUGGCGGCGUCGCGCAAGUGCAAGAGCGGCGCCGGCGGCGCCGGCAAGGAGACUGCGGACGACGCCAGCAACUCCAGUUGCGACAGCCUGCGCGACACCUGCGGAAACUGCAGACGCAGGACCGUCCUCUGCUUCUUGCAACUCCUCGUCGUCCUCAUUGCUGCGGGGAUUACGGGCAUCUUCGUGGCCAACGAGCAGCUGGGCUCCGGGAUGGACCGUUCGGGGGCGGUGAUGAACGCCGCCUUCGGCGACCUGUCCACCUUCCUGCGCAACUCGCACCGCCAGCUCCAGUUCGUGGUCGGCAGCGCCCUCGACCAGACCGUCGAGGCCACCGUCACCGACUUGGACAACAUUGAGUCGAUCCUCGGGCGUCCGAUCCAGCGCGAGAUCGCCGGCGAAACGGGGGUCGACGUCGCCAUGGACGUCUUGAUGGACAUCAGCAUGUCGACGCACAACAUCGCGGAGAAGGGCGUGAUGCUGCAGCAGAGCGCCGGGGCAGUGCGUCAGCUUUCGCGCACCACGCAGGAGCGGCUAAUCGAGCUGAAGAUGCAGGUCGACUCCUUCCGCCGCACCUGCAACCUGCGCGACAGGCCACUCUGCGACACCGUCGACUCCGCAGGACUGGACGUCAAAAUUGACUUGGAAAGGAUCAUGAACGACGUCCGUUUGGCGGAUUUGCGUCGGCUGCGCAACGACAGCCUCAGCUCGAUGGCCCAGCAGGCGCGCAGCGAGUUCCAGUUCAUCCCGCACCAGAUGGCGGCCACCACCCGCGAAGCCCGACUCGGCGUGAAGCGCGAGUUGGACAUGCAACGCAUCAUGAUCAAGGAGCAGCUGCGCGGUUUGGACGACCUGUCCAAGCACCUGUCCACCAAGGUGGAGAAGAUGCGCGACUGGACCCUGCGCAAACUGGACGACGUGCCGCAGAUCGAGGAGUGGCGCUGGCUCACCGGCCUUUUGACUGCCUCGUCCGUGCUGAUGAUCUGGACCGUAAUGAUGUCGGCCAUCAGUUGCGGCUGCUGCGGCUCGGAACGCAAGGCUGGAUGCACCCUUAUCUUUGCUUUGUUGCUGUUGGCGGUGCUGUCGGUGGCGUUGUGGGCCGUGCUUUUGGCCGCUCUGGUGGUCGGCGGCCACGGCCAGCUGUUCGUGUGCCGGCCGCUGUACGAGGAGCCCGACUUCUCGGUGCUCACCGCGCUCUUCGACCGGCCAAACAUGUACUACGGCUCCGGCAAACCGGGUCUCUUCUCCAACGUCGGAUUCAAGAAUGAAACGCUCGACGUCCCGAUCCGCACUGUUCUUGCUGAGUGCCGGGACAACCGUCCAGCGUACGAGACGUUCAAGCUGUCGAAAGUGUUCGACGCGGAGGGGGCGACGGCGUUCAAGACGUGGCACGGACUGCACGCCGAGCUGGACCGGAUGAGCGUGGACCAGAGCUUCCGCAAUUUGCAGCUCCUCACGCCGAGUCUGCAGAAGACGCUGCAGGGUCUGCUGGACACCACGUCCGUCGACCUGUCAAGCCUCCGGUCGGGGUUAAGUGGCAGUGUGACCGCGAAAGACCUGACCUCGUUCGCCAAGCAGAUGGAAAAUGUCGCUAACCAGAUUAAAGAUGGAGCCACGGCUGGAAGGCUCGGCUCUCUCGUGACUAAAACUCGCAGACUCAUCAGCACCAAUAUUUUACCGCUCGAAACCAGAAGAGACGAGUUGGUGUACCAGCUGACGGCGCUGGAGGUGCAGUUGAUGCCGAUCGAGAAGCAAAUAACGCAGAGCAUGUCGCAUUUGAAGACGAUUCAAUACUUCGUCGGCAACCAAGGCACCGCCAUUGCGCAAGAAAAAAUGCGGCAGUUUGUGGAGCGCAUCCUCAACUACGUGGCGCAGUUCCAAGAGUACGUGCUCGACUCGGUGCACAACACGGUGGCGCCCUGUCGACCGGUGUGGAACGUCUUUCAGGGCGUCCGGCAGCUCCUCUGCCGCCACCUCGUCGAUCCGCUCAACGGGUUGUGGUUCUGCACGAUGUGGUGCAUGGUGCUGUUCCUGCUCGCCACGCCGACCAGCAUAAAACUGAUCGGCUACUUUGACAAACUGCGCAAGUCCAGCCUGCUGGCCAGAACUCAAAUUGGCAGGAGCCAAGAGUCGCCGCCCGGCCCGAACUGGACGUCGCCAGACAGCGAGCCAGUUCAGGUGGAUAUCUGGUAGAGAAAAGCAAUCAGGGACACAGCACGCGCGUUAUUUUAAACUUUCUUUUCUACUUUUAUUGUCUAUGUUUGCAGCACAUAAAUCUAAGCCAUUGUUAUUAUAUAUUGUAAUUCUUAAGUGGAAAAAUACAAAAAUCUUACACACGCA